UGGCUGCUGUAGGUGAGUUGCUGUUCUGAGGGAAACAUGGUGAUGGAGCUUUCUGGAAGGGUUUCUUGGAUCUGCCUGCUUUUUGGCCUGGCUGCUGGUUUUCCUGCAGAUGGUUUUCCUUACAUGGCUGAGACUGGGCUGUCAAGCCCGUCUGAAUAUUCUUCAACUGAACAACUGUCUCCAUCUAGCUCUGAAGAGGCUGGUUCCUUCCCUGCAUUUUGGCCCAGAAGUUCUAGCUUGAUUACAGACUUUAGUUCAGAUUCUACAGACAUUUCCCCAAGGUCCUGGUACACUGCUGAGAAAACUCCUGUACAAUCAGGCAGUGGCAGCUCAAAUAUUCUGUCUAGACCUGGGUAUGGCCUUGUGUUUGGUGGCUCCGGGUCUGGGGUCUUCUCUGCUGGGGAUGCUGCACUAGGGGUUUUCCAGGACCUGUCGUCCUUGGGGAGCAACCUGCAGGAUGCCCGUCAGAUGAGCCUCGGUGAGGCCUGGAACAACAACAACCAGGUGGCCUUCGGCAGUGUUGCAGGUUAUCCUCAUUAUGCAGUUUCCCACGUCGUCCACUACAACAGCGGCUACCAGCGAGCAAGGGACGGACGUACUGAUCAGAAAUAUGUCAAGGAUACCUCUGGCCACAUUCCUCUACCUGAAAUCCACCUGGGACAAAAAGGUGGAACUGGCUCUAAAGGCCAGCAGGUCCAGAGAGGCUUGUCUUUCAGGGUGAACUGAACAUAGGCCUGCCUGGAAAGAUUCUUCAAGUUUUGAAUAAAGCGUCAUGUAUCUGGG